AUGGGUCUGGGCAAGACCAUUACGGUCCUGGCGCUCGUCGUAGCCGAUCGGACGGCGGAGCUGGAGGAGGAGGAGGGCAGCAGGGCCCUCGGGCAAGGAGCGGAAGAAGACGACUGUGCGGAUCUCAUCCGAGGCCUUGAGAAUCUGAACCUCGCCAGCUCAUCCUCCUCCCCUCCUCCUCUCGACUACUUCAAGACCCACAGAUCGCAGGGGCCCACCCUCAUCGUGUGUCCUCUCUCCGUCCUCCAGAACUGGAGGAAGCAGAUUCAGACCCACACCAACGAUCGACUCAAGGUCCUUGUCUUCCACGGGCCCAUGAGGACCAAGGACCCUGAGCUACUCAAGGAGCAAGACAUCGUCCUGUCUACCUACCCGGUCCUUGCCUCGGAGUUCUCCCGCCAGGCCCGGGGCGAGCAGGCCUCUGUGCUCCACUCCUUCCAAUGGAGGAGGGUGGUGCUGGACGAGGGCCACGUCAUCUGCAACCCCAAGGCGAAGCAAAGCCGGGCUGUACUCCAGCUGAAUGCUGAGAGGAGGUGGGUAGUGACCGGGACGCCUCUACAGAACAAGCUUGACGACCUUUACUCGCUCUUUGCUUUCCUGCAGAUCUAUCCCUUCAAGGGAUUUGACAUCCACCGCGUGCUGCAGGAUUUCGAAUGGUUCCGCUGCCUCAUCAGCGACCCCGCGAGGUCCAAGGUGGCGAGCAGGAGGGAGCAGGGCCUCUCCAUCGUCCGCUCCAUCCUCGGUACCUACUGCCUGCGAAGGUCCAAGACGCAGAAGAUAGGAGGGAAGCCAAUUCUGCAGCUGCCAAAGAAGCAGGAGAUUGUGAGGCACCUGGAGCUCUCGGAGGAGGAGCAGGAGAUCUACGACGCUCUCUUCCAGAGCGGCAAGGCCAUGCUCAGGACGUACAUCAAAGAGGGGACGGUCAUGUCGCACUACACUAAGAUCCUCGAGCGGCUCGUGCGGCUGCGGCAACUCUGCUGCCACAAGCAGCUGCUGCCUGCCACGGAGCUCAACCCCUCCAACCUCUCCGCCUCCGACAUAGCAGAGGAGUGCUGCGUGUGCCUUGAGCCCAUCGAACGAGCUGUCAUCACCAAGUGCGCCCACAUCUUCUGCAAGGGAUGCCUCGCCAGGGAGGGGGGAGAGGAGGGAGUUUACAUGAGCACCAAGCUGAAGGCGAUCUUGAGCGAGAUCGAGCAGCUGCGGGAGACUGCGCCGGGAGACAAGGUUGUCAUCUUUUCUCAGUUCACUUCCUUCCUCGACAUCAUCGAGUCGAGCCUCGUCCCUGGCACCUUCGCCAAGUUGGACGGGCGACUGACCCGAGCCAAGAGGGACCAUGUCAUCGAGAGCUUCCAGAACGACCAGCAGCUGCAGAUUCUCCUCAUCAGCAUGAAGGCAGGAGGCACCGGGCUCAACCUGGUCGUCGCCAACCAUGUCUUCAUCACAGACUUGUGGUGGAACAGCGCUGUGGAGAAACAGGCAAGCUCCUCCUCCCCACCCUGCACUCUCCUUCACAGCUUCGCCAUGGACCGGGUCUAUCGGCUCGGGCAGACGAAGGACGUCCGCGUGGUCAAGUUCGUCAUCACAGGCACCAUCGAGGAGCGCAUCCUCGAGCUCCAGCACAAGAAGGAGCAGCUCAUCGCCGGCGCCAUGAGCGUCAGUUCCAAGGGGGAGCUGCAGCGAGUGAGGACACAAGAUCUCAACUUUCUGUUCCGGUGA